AUGCCGUCUACCGCCAAGCUACAAACACAUUACAAUUUCCAGAGCCAGAAGCUACUGGGUCUCAGGCUUCGGACUGUCCUCCCCGUUUGCCGUGCGGUUGGAGCCAAGAUGCAGCAACAACAGGCAGUGGUCACCAGUCCCAAGGCCCUGGGCAACUUCCUCGGUGUGCCCGACAUGCCGCUACUUGGCCUGGGUCUGGCUGCCCUGGGCCGACCUGGCUACAUCAACCUGGGGCACGGAGCCGACCUGACAGGCAAGAGUGUGGAUGAGAUGCAGGGCAACUGUGCCCAGGUGCUGUCCGCGGCCCUCCAGCUGGGGCUCAGCUACGGUCGUGCGGAGGAGUUCUUGGGGUCCUGGUUGGAGGGACUGGUUCCGGAGCAACUGUGUCGUACAGUGGUGGGCUCGAAAUGGGGUUAUUACUACACGGCGGAUUGGCAGAUCGACACGGCGGGUCAGCCCCACGAGGUGAAGGAGCACACCGCCUCCAACCUCCGGAAGCAGGUCCUGGAGACCUCCUCGCACCUGGGCACCCGCCUGAACCUCUACCAGAUACACUCGGCGACACUGGAGAGCGGAGUGCUGGAUGCGGCUGACGUCCUGUCGGAACUGGAGUCCGUCAAGAAGCAGCGGGGCUGGAAGAUGGGCCUGUCCUUGUCGGGUGUACAGCAGUCGGCUACCCUGCGCAAGGCGAUGUCGGUGCGCAUGUCGGACGGCACCCGGUUGUUCGACUGUGUCCAGGCCACAUUUAACUUGUUGGAGACCUCGGCCGGAGGUGCCCUGGCGGAGGCAGCUGCCGCGGGGUUGUCGGUGAUUGUCAAGGAGGGCCUGGCCAAUGGGCGCCUCACACCCCGCAACACCGACCCGGCGUUUGCACCCAGGCUGGCUCGCCUGCAGGCCAUGGCGGAUGAGUACGGCACCACAAUCGAUGCGCUGGCGUUGGCGGCCAUCAUCGUACAACCUUUCCGACCCAUGGUUCUGUCGGGCGCCACCACAGUACAGCAGCUGAGUUCGAACGCGGCCGCGCUGGAGGUAGCUGGCAGGCUGCAGGAGUCUGAUGUGGCGGCGCUGGUUUCGGAGCUGUCUCAGCCUCCUGAGCAGUACUGGGCGGAGAGGUCGGCACUGGCCUGGAACUAG